AUCCAUUUUAUUUUGUCAAGCGAUUGCUCACAACAGAACCAUCUGGAUUUCGAAAGAUUUAAAAAAAAAAUGUAUCUGCAUCCAGAUGGUCGAAUUUCGUGCAACCAUUUUAUCAAACAAAAAUGAGUAAAUACACCACGUCAUUUUUCUGUGUACUUAUAACACAUGAGGCUAAAUAUAUCAAUAUGCUGUACAUUAGUGUCUCUAUUAGAAAUAUACAGUGUUGGAAUAAUACACAAUAAAAAUACAGUAAUAUACAACAAACGUAUUAUAGACAUUAAAAAAUAUAAAGCCCUCUAUUACCUAUUGAUAUGGCAUGGAAUGGAAUUUAUUGUCACUCAAAUGCACAAGUACGAAAUUCACGGAAAUUACCAUCUGUUCAAAAGACAUAACACGACAAUGACCAACAGAGGGCGACAAAACGGACAAGUCUGAGGAGUCGUUUACAGCACACCGCUUUUCAUGAUGAAAGGAAAACGUAACGAAUGGUGAAAUGGGGAAAAAAACAAUUCCAAACUAUUUUCCUUGAAGGGAUAGGAACUGUGUAGGAUUGGGGGGGGGGGGCUCUUCCGGCAGCCACAUGUAUAGGAGACAAUAAAAACCCGGACUCAAUACUUGCAUAUGUGGAAGGGGAGGAGGUAUCAGGCGGGCGCAAAUGGAGCAGCCCAUACACUUUCCCCACGGUUGCAGCAUUUCAAGACGAGGGCAUCCACAGCGCACCUGGACUGUCACCGGGGGGAAGAAAGCUGGCAAAAACACGUCGAUGAUUGCUGUGUGUUGUGUUGUAAGAAUGUGUCAGAGUAAGUCUGUGUCCUCGGUGCUUGGCGGCACGCCGAAACACAUCGUCGAGUUGCCACGGGGCCAACCUCACUGGCUCCUCACAGCAACACGAAGCACCGCGGAAUGAGGAGGGGGGGGGGGUUAAAGGGGGACUCCAGCACCUGUCAGCAUUACAUCCAGGAGAUAAAACUCCCAAAUAACAUUUGUUUUGGGGAGAAAAGAUGACAAUCAUUUCAGUCGGCCCUGAGUAUUUCACUGUAGCUCCCGAUGGCAUCAAUUGGCAAUCGGUUCUUAAAGGCGAGCCGCCAAUAUCUUCACGUUGGUGUCCAGUAAGCAAAGUGUCUCAGAAGUCGCAUUCGAUUUGCGAUUAAGUUCACUCUUUGCCCGAGUCUGAGUAUUGAUCACACGCCAGAGCCCAUCAAGCACGACCAGCGGCUCGUCCAUUUCCAAUUAAACCGCCCGUGUCUUCAGAACUUGGCGAUAAAUCAAGAAGCUGCCAGGGAUACCAGUGAUGGAUGCAUGAUAUCGUUUAGUUUCUUUUUUUUUUUUCUAGCGUGGAUCCUCCUCGUUCUCAUAGAAGAGGGACUCGCUCUGGCACAGAGAACUAAAGACUCCCUGGGCGAUAAUGGCAUCCAGAGCCCGAACCAAAAUGAUUGCGGAACGUGGGUGCGCAACAUCAACGGCGGAGUGUUCACAUCGCCAAAAUACCCAGACACUUAUCCACCAAACAAGGAGUGCGUUUACAUCCUGGAAGCACUGCCCAGGCAGAGGAUCCAGCUGGCGUUCGACAAGAACUACUACAUCGAGCCGUCCUUCGAGUGCCGCUUUGACCACAUCGAGAUCCGCGACGGGCCCUUCGGCUUCUCGCCGCUCAUCGACCGGGUGUGCGGAGGGAAGAACCCGGGACUGGUCACCUCCACCGGGCGCUUCAUGUGGAUCAAGUUCACGAGCGACGAGGAGCUGGAGGGUCUCGGAUUCCGCAUCAAGUACACAUUCAUUGCAGACCCUGACUUCCAUCUGCAUGUUGGCGGACUUUUAAACCCGAUCCCGGACUGUCAAUUUGAGCUCAGCGGCUUCGAUGGGAUCAUUCGCUCCAGUCAGGUGGAUGAAGCCAAGCGGGUGAAGCCGGGCGACGCUCUGGACUGCAUCUGGACCAUCAGGGCUCCCCCUCAGUCCAAGAUCUACCUGCGCUUCAUGGAGUACCAGAUGGAGCAUUCCAACGAGUGCAAGAAGAACUUUGUGGCCAUCUACGACGGCAGCAGCGCCAUCGAGAACCUGAAGGCCAAGUUCUGCAGCACGGUGGCCAACGACGUCAUGCUGGAGAACGGCGUGGGCGUCGUGCGCAUGUGGGCCGACGAGAAAAGCCGACUCAGCCGCUUCCGCUUGCUCUUCACGUCCUUCGUGGACCCCCCUUGCUCGGCCAACACCUUCUUCUGUCACAGCAACAUGUGCAUCAACAACUCGCUCGUGUGCAAUGGUGUCCAGAACUGUGUCUACCCGUGGGAUGAAAAUCACUGCAAAGAGAAGAGAUCCAGGGGUCUCUUCCACCAGAUCACCAAGACCCACGGCACGGUCAUCGGUGUUUCAUCCGGGAUCGUUCUGGUUCUUCUCAUCAUUUCCAUCCUGGUCCAGAUGAAGCAGCCACGGAAAAAGGUGGUCGCCCGCCGGCCAGGUGUCUUCAACAAAGCGGGUCUCCAGGAGGUCUUCGACCCACCACACUACGAGCUCUUCUCUCUACGUGACAAGGAGAUGUCGUCGGACCUGGCCGACCUUUCAGAGGAGCUGGACAGUUUCCACAAGGUCCGGCGCUCGUCCACCAUGUCCCGCUGCGUACACGAGCACCACUGCGGCUCGCAGGGUUCUGUGGGUACCGGCGGGGGCAGCGGCAGCAUGAAGCACAGCCGCACCACGCUGAGCUCCAUGGAACUGUCCUACCACAACGACUUCUCCAAGCCACCACCCAUGAAGACCUUCAACUCCACCGGCACCUAUAAGAAGAGUUGCUAUGGCUACAAGCAGCACGCGCAGACUCACGACUGUGACCAGCAGGUCAUCGAAGACCGGGUCACGGAGGAGAUACCCUGCGAGAUCUACAAUCGAGGUGUCGGGGCCACAGGCGGCGUGGGCAUCGGAGGGGCGGUGGGCAUCACGGGGGGCGUGGCCAUGGCUGGAGGGAUGGGUAUGUCAGGAGGAAUGGCCAUGGCAGGACCCAGUGGCAUCGCCGGGGGCAUCGGCGGUGGGAUGGGGGGAGCCUGCGGCACACUCACCGGUGGGAUUGGGGGAGCGUGCGGCACGCUCACCAUGCGUGGCAACAGCGCCCGGAACAGCACCUCCGUGGUGGUGGACCCGCAGCAGCGCUCCAUGUCCAUGGACUUCUAGAAGAAGAAUCUUCUCUUCGUGGGAGUUGGAAAACUGGGAUGAGGGAACCAGAACCGAACCUUAGUGGUCAACCACCAACAGCGCUCCAUGUCCGUGGAUUUACAGAAGGAGAAUCUGCCCUUUAGGGGACUGGAAAACUGGGAUUAAGGAACCGGAACAGAACGGUCCAUUUCCAACAACGCUCCAUGUCCAUGGACUUCGAGAAGAAGAAUGUUAGCUCUGUGGGGUUGGUAGAUGGAGAUCAAGGAAGCAGAACCGAACCUCGGUGGUCAACCACCAACAGUGCUCCACGUCCAUGGAAUUCUCGAAGGCGAAUAUUCUCACUCGAGGAUGGCAAAUCCUGUUUCAAGGAACCAGAACAACUGGAACAACCAGGAUUGUCUGAAUUCCGAUCUGCAUGCAGACACUUGGUUGGACUGAGUAAGCAGUCAAAAAGAAAAACCUGUCCAGAGACUUUCUGAACGUUUUACAUCACCUGCCAUGCACAAAUAUAAGAGAUACAAAUGUAUAUAUAAAUAGUGUGUCUUCAAA